UUGGGGUGUUUCAUUUCCACAAAGUUCUCAAAUAUAUGGUGGCAGAGGUUGCACAAAAUUAUCCACUAAAAUCACCAUAUUCAUCAUUUAAUUAUCCUAGACCCAAUGAGUUGGGCUGUAUGGAUUCUUUCCUAGAAAAUCUCAAGGAACUAGCAAGGUGUGAUGAGGCUGAUGAUUCAAUUGGUUUUCAACAUCAUAGAAUCCAAGUGAUCCAAAACGAUCUCGUAUUCUUAAGAUCUUUCCUGGAAAAUAUCAAGGAGCAGCGCUAUCAGAAUGGAAAACUUCAAGCUUUCUGGAGUCAUGUUAUGGAGGCUGCAUACAAGGCAGAGUUACUGAUUGACUUGGCACUUGUUGGUGAUAAAUGUGAAGAUUCUUUGGAUGCUGUUUCUAGAGAUAUCAAUCUUUUGAAGAUUGAGGCCCCUGAGAUCCAUAAUGCUCAAACCCAAAGAGUUAACAAGACUUCCCUUCACAUACCGUCACAACUUGCUGCCGCCAUGCACGACGAAGAUCUGGUAGGUCUUGACGACGAGGUGGAAAUUAUUACUCAUCGGCUUACGAGAGGAUCCAAGCAAUUGGAUAUUGUUCCCAUUGUGGGUAUGCCAGGCCUUGGUAAGACCACAUUAGCCCACAAAGUUUAUAAUGCUCCUUCAGUUAGGUCACAUUUCCAUGUUCAUGGUUGGUGUCGUGUUUCUCAAACGUGUAGCAAACACAGUUUGUUAGUUCAACUUUUGUGUAGUGUUGAUUCUAGGAGUCCAGAUGAAUAUCUUAAGGAGGAUGAAAAUAAUUUGGCUAACAAGCUAAGGCAGGUUUUGCUGAGAAGUAGGUAUCUCCUUUUUUUGGAUGACUUGUGGGACGUUGAGGCAUGGAAUUUGUUGGAAAAAUCACUACCGAAUGAUGCCAAUGGAAGCAGGAUUCUCUUCACCAGUAGAUACCAGAAUUUAUCUUUGCAUUUCAAACCUAAUAGCGAGCCUCACCAUCUCCGCCAUCUUACUGGCGAAGAGAGUUGGACAUUGCUGCAGAGAAAGCUAUUUGGCAGGGAAGAUUGUCCUCCCGCGCUAAGUGAAGUUGGAUCUCAAAUAUCAAAACUUUGUCAGGGCUUACCCCUCGCAGUUGUCCUUAUUGCUGGAAUUCUUGCUACUACUGCACAAGAUAGUUGGGAAGAAGUUGCAAAAAGUCUAAGUUCUAUCGUCCUUGAGGAUGAAUACUGCAUGAAGGCACUUGAGCUGAGUUAUAGUCAUUUACCAGAUUAUUUGAAGCCAUGCCUUCUGUAUUUUGCUGCAUUUCAAGAAGAUGAGGUUAUUAAUGUGCGAAGGUUGUUACGGCUUUGGAUCUCUGAAAGAUUCGUGCAACAAACUGAAGGAAAGAGCUUAAAGGAAGCAGCUUAUGACUACUUGACGACUCUAAUUAAUAGAAGUUUAGUUAUGGCUGUCAGACAAAGAAAUGUGGGUGGUGCCAAAUGCUGUCUACUUCACGAUUUGGUACACGAGUUUUGUGUGAAAAAAGCCAAAGAAGAAAGUUUUCUAUAUGCUAUUCAUAGUUGGAACCCUCUUUGUCUUACUGGACCAAGCAACCCCCACCGAGUUUGUGUUUCCAAUGCCAGGGAAUUGAAGAUUUGGGAGUUAACGCUUAUUUUUCCCAAUUUACGCUCUUUGAUCUUGUUUGGACAAGAUGAUUUUAAACAUGAAGAGGAGGAUUUGCGUAUUUUGUUACCUAAACUUCUCAGAGUGUUGGAUAUUAGGAAUUUGGACUUUCGUUAUUCUUUUCCAAUGGAAGUAGUAUUGCUUGUUCACUUGAGAUACCUGGCGCUCAAACGAAUACCAUACAUCCCAUCUGCGAUAGCCAAUCUCUCAAGGUUAGAAACUCUCAUCGUAGAAGAUCCGUUUGGUACUGAGCUGCCAAGUACUAUUUGGAACAUUAAGACAUUGAGUCAUCUACGUGUUUUAAAUUAUCAUGGAGUAUGGCCAAUGGGUUUUAUUUUUCCACUUGGAAAUCUUGAAGGAUCCCCAGAUUUAGAUCAUUUAGACACUUUACACCUUGCAAUUGAUCCCUCCCCUCAAAGCUUGCAAAAGAUACUGAGAAAGUUACCAAGCGUUCGCAGGUUAAAAUGUAUGGAACGCUGGAACAGCUCAAGAGAAGCUACCAGAAAUUGCAACGAGAUUCUUGAAUUUGACGGUUUGAAUCAACUGGAAUCGCUUCAUUUGUUUCGUUUUCAUGGAUGUGGAUUUAAAUUCCCGUUGAAUUUGAAAAAGUUGGUUCUCUCACAUAAUCGUCAGCCAUGGAGUGAAAUUUCAACAAUUGGAAAGUUGCCCAAUCUUGAAGUGCUUAAAUUACUUGAGGACUGCUUUGUUGGGGAAGAAUGGGUAAUGAAAGAAGGGGAGUUCCCUAAACUCCGAGUCUUAAAAUUGUCAGAGUUGGAAUUUCGCAACUGGACUGCAUUUUCUGAUAAUUUUUCCCGCCUUGAGAAAUUGGUCUUGCACUCGUGUGAGGAGCUGGAAAAGGUCCCUUCCUGUUUAGGGGAGUGUGAGACGCUUGAAAUGAUUGAGGUGAAAGAGUGUCCUGAGUCUGUUGUAGAUUCUGUAAAGCAAAUUCAACAAGAGCAGAUAGAUAUGGGAAAUGAGGUUCUAAAGAUCGAAAUUGAUGAGUAUGAUACAUCCAUUUCCUCAGAAGAAUAGUCUACAGAAGCAGAGUCAACUCCCUCAGAAGCAGAGGAGAUUUCUUCAGAAAGAGAAUCUAUAUCCUCUCAUCAGUCAUCACGCAGUUGACAAUUGUGAGAGUGAAUGUACAGUAGGAUUCCACUCAUCAGAGUAGAUUUCCUCAGCCGGAGAGUCCAUUUCUUCUCAUCAUCACAUUAGGCAAUGGUAAAGACUGAAGCAUUUAUGUCCCUUCUUGACUUUGUGUGAUCAUUCCACUCAUCAGGGGCAAGCACAGUCAUGCAUUCUAUCAAGCCACUAUUAUCCAUCAUAAUCUGUCUGUAAAACUAGCUGUUUGUAACUCUCUGUUUAAAGCAGAGUCAUGGUUUGAUGCUUAAUAGUGUUUACGAUCCACCACAAUCUGUUUGUAAAAUGUUCUCCAAGUUCUUUCCUGAUUUUGAUGUUUAAUAGUGUUCAUGAUCCCAAUUUUUCAAACUUUCUUCAAUCC